AUGGACGAAGAAGAGAUAGAAAAAGCAGUGAUAGCAUACCUGAAGAAGAAGGGAUUCAGACAAACAGAGCUUCCUUUCCGAGAAGAACAUCAACAGACCAAGAGCAACAACUCUUCUUCAAACUUCGCGUCCGCCAAUUCACACACUGACCCUCACAUUGCCAAACACAUCCUCUCCUUCUCUGA